ACCUGUUUCAUUCCUGAGCUCCCUUACCCGGAUGAGCUGGGAUUGCCAGCCCAACCAUCUUGUGGCGUUUCUCUUGUCUGCCACAACUCAAACUGGGUCCUGAAAGAUGUGCACAAGGGAAGCUAAGGGGAAGAUGACCAGAGGGACGGCCUCGGCAUGAAGUAUGCUGAGAAGGGGUUUUGGGGUUUGUGUUGGGGCUGCUGAGGCGACACGGGGAGUCAGGUGCUGAGCAAAAGGAACAAAUCCCAACCCCUAGGGAAAGGGUCUGGGCCCAAGAAGCAUUAGCAGUCACAGAAGGGAGGGGUGACUUCACGGUCUGGAGGUUGGAGGCGAUGGUUGGGGUGUGGUGCCUGAGGGCGGUACCCUGGAGGUCUGCACUGGGCCCAGAGGGGGAAGGGAAGUGGGGAACGGGCAGGAGCUUGGAGCUGGGAUGCAGAGAGGAGGCCCCCAGGAGACCGCUCACCUUCUGGACAGGGCCUGGGAGCUCUAGAUGGUACGAAGGGGCAGUUUAGUGGCAAAGGUCCCCCAGCUCCUGCCUACAGAAUCAUGAAAAGGGCCCCUGCAGUGUGGGGUCCACGGGAUGCUGCCGGGGAUGGGAAGGUCUGGAGGGAGGGGAAGAGCGGCCGCCUCUCGCUCCAGCCUGCGGAGGAGGGCAUGAGGGGAGGUACACAGGGAAGACGGGGUGCUCCAGCUUUCCAGGAACCCCCUCAGGCCUUCUCUGACAGGCCUCUGAGCCUCAUAUAGGCUGUUGUCUUUGUUUGGAAUCUCUCCCCUCCCUCCCCUCAUUUCCCUGUCCUCCAAGUCUAGCCCAAAUGGCCCCUCCUCUGGGAAACCAUCCAAAGUGCUUCAGGCCCAGACCCUCUUCCACAGGACAGGCCUUUCUCAGAAGAUGCUGGGCAGGGGCUGGCGCUGUCUUUCUGUGGCUCCCUCUUCUGCUGCCGCCCCCCCCACCACCACCACGCUAUUCCCUGGAGGAAAGGCUGCCUUCCUGCGCCAGGGAGGGGCGGGCAACAGCACUCUGGUGCCUCUCCUGGUGCGUGGGCUGGUGGUCUCUGUCUCCCAUCACAGAAGUGUUCACCUCUGGCCCCUCAGUGGCCUUUGUGAACCGAGAACCAGGUACAGGGGACCACUGACUUAACAAGGGGCAGUGGCAGAGCCACAUGGCAUCUGGUGCAGUCCACAGGCCUUGCUGCCCUUGCUGGCUAACGCUCUCAGCCUCUCCCUUCAGCCUCCAGGACUGCGUCAUCACACCUUCGUCCCAGGGGCCCCAGAAGUAGGUCUGCCUCCCUCCCAUCCUCAGUAGGGCCACCCUCUAAGGAGCUCCUGCCCUCCCACAGACCAGCCUUCUGCCAGGGCCCCACCCAGGCCCACUCGGGCCAUCUAGGACCCCUCUGCCCCCCUAGGACACCUUCAGGCAUCAUAAUGCCUGUCAUCCCACCAUCAGAGGGUUCAUUUGAGGGAGGUGUGGGUGCCAAGCACGUGCUAGGGUGCCAUCUCACAGGAGCCUUGGUACAGAGGGGAAGACACUUGCUCAGGACCUCAGGGAGUGUGGGAUGGAGCAGGAGUGGGAAACCACCUGAGCUCCUUCCACCACAGAAUGGGCACCCAGCACCUUGUGUGUGGGGUGACCUCUUGGAGGGGGGCUGUCAGCGAGGUGGCCAGUGAGAGGCUGAAUGGAUACCUCAGUUUGGGAGGAUACAGACCCUCCCGGUAUCUGGCCUGGUUGUGUGGGGACAGGAGAGGGACUCUGGGCCCCCGUGGGGAGAGAAAGGAGCUGGGGCAGGCCCUGUGGCCCCAGAGCCAGUGAUGUGGGGGCUGCUCUAGGGGCCAGAUUCAGUACGGGGAGCUGGCUCUCCACCCCGCCAGUUCCUGCCCACGUCCUGCCCCUAGAGCUGAGCAGCAGCCUCCAGAGGGGCAGUGAGGCAGUGGGGGAGGGGGAGGCCUGGUUUUUUGAGCCCGGCCUGCACCAGGGUCCUGAAGUCAUCCUGCAGGGAAGGAAGGGGGGAGGGAAGAGGCGCCAGUGCUCCGUGGUUGCUCACCUCCAGGCAGCCCUGGAAGACACUGGCCCCCCCACUCCAGCUGGUGGGUUUGGAGACGGGCUUCGUAGGUCCCAGGGCCCCUGCGCCCAGGCCCCGGGCCACUCCAAAGACCGGCCACGGCAGAGCCAGCAGCGGGCUUGUGGUUGCGAGCUGGAGCUGGGCAGCCUGUCCAGCUAGUUCUUUGCUUGUUGCCUCUCCACACUGACUGAGCUCCCGUGAGACAGGGCCCGGUACUUCGCCCGCCUUCCGUGUCUCAGCUGUAUCUCCUCGCGGGCUUUGUGUCUUCGUGAGGUUGCUGCGAUGAUUCCUCGGUGCCGAUACUCCCGCUAGUCCUGUGUCUCCAGCUGCGUGCGGGCCUGAAGCACGUUGUGUGGAUUGUGUCCUCUGCCUCAGUCCCUUUAGUUUUCCUCUCGGGGAUUUUAUAUUAUUUCCUGUUCAUGUUUGUCUGUUCUUGUUUCAUUUCUGCCAGUCGAGUCCUAAGUUCUCAUUCUUGUGAAUGCUUUUACUUUUUUCAUCUCUUUAAAGAUCCUAAAUGUCUUUGACAAGCAUUAUUACAUUAGUACCUUCGUCUCUUCCAGAAUGAAUGAAUCUCGGUAUUUUGGGUGCUGUUCCAUGUCUUUCUUAGCUUGAGUUUUUCUCCUGUGCUUCAGAAUUGUGGUUUGCAGGCUCAUCUUUUGUGGGAACCGAGGCCCUGGAGACAGGGAGUGACCUGCUCACUUGGGUAGCAGCUGGCUCUCAGCAGUCUCCUGGGACAAUUCCUGAGGACUUCAGGCCCCCCCCCCCACUGUAGGCUCAGGACCUUUCUGGGACCGGGCUCAGCAGCAUGUGGCACAGAGCUCCCUGCGAUCCAGCAGCUGUGAUGCUGCUGGACACAGAGUAGGCAUUUGUGUAACAUUGGCUAUGAGGAAGCAAUGCAAGAGUCUCAGGGCAGGAUUCUGGAGCCCAGGACUGGACCGAGCAUGCUUAUGCCAGGUCUGAGUCCCUACACUGGGCCUGGUGUGCUGCCCCAUGCAGCACCCAGGAGCAGGGGUACAGGGUCGUACCUGGAAGCUAGCAGGCACGUCCGUCCCGCAGACUGGGAGUUACAGCUGCCAUUGGGCAUGUGUACAGAAAGCCUUGCUAGUGGGACUUAUAAGGAGCCAGAAGUGGGUCAGGAAAUAUGUGGGUUUUGAUUAAAUGGAGUUUUAAUUAAUGUGGCCAGGUUGGUGCGGGUGAGGAGGAAGGCCAGAAGCAGCAGCAGCUUUGAAUCUGACUGCUGGGAGUCCUACGGGGUUGUCCUUUCAAGGCUCAUCAUGCAUGUUCCCUAGCACCUGUCUCUAGUUUUUAUGGGACAGCUUCUGCCCUCUGCCCUGUCCCCAACAAGGGAUAAUCAGAGGGAAAGAUUACAUUAUUAACAUUUAAUUUCCUUUCCUGGCUAGCAACAGAUGACUCAAGAAUUAAUUAGAUAGAGCCAACAGAGAGGGAUAGGAAAUUGCCAGAUCCUGGCCCCGCCUCUGGCCCCCUCCUCUUGGGCCUCAGACCUUCCUGUUGCUCUAGGAGGCCUCUGAGGGGAGGGAAGCCGAGAGAGGGGUGAGGAGGCCCCAGGAAUCUUCCUGCUGCUGUGUUUUCCAUGGGCAUUUCCCUCAGCUCUAUCCCACCCUCUCGUGCUCUCGGUAAGGCUGGGAGAGGUUGUUAACCUCUUUGGGACUUAGCUUCCUCAUCUGUAAAACGGGGCUCAUAGGGCCAAGAGAAUAGAUGACCCCACUGUCACCGUGCUCUCAUAUUGUGAGCUCCCAAGCAGGCUGCUCAAGCUAAGAGGGCCUGGAGUGGAGCCCUGGCAUCCAGGGAGAGCACAGGGCUUGGUGGCUCACUGGUGGCCAGAGCCCAGUGACACAGGCUCCCUUGAGCUGUCUGUGCUAAUUCACAUUUCUUGUCAGUGACACAUCAGUAGCUUGAAAUGGGCUAUCCUGGGAGCAUUUACACCAUGAAAGUCUGACAAAGGCCACAAGUUAGGGCGCCCCCACCCCACGGGGCUGAUUUCCCCACCUAUGGCUGGGAAGCUCCCAACCUUCCCCCAGAACGGCUCCAGUAGGAGGCUGUUGAGCCUUCUUCCUGCCCUGUCUGUCCCCUGGUGCUUUGGGCUCCACUGACGUUCUCUGAUUUGGGGCUGGCGCUCUGAUUUGACAGAUGCCUGGGCUGCCUGUGGGGCCAGGCCAGCCUCACCCCAGGAUGGAGUGAGCCCGCAGGAAUGCUGGAGGAAGGGCAGAUGGGGAGCCAGAUGUGCAGAGAGGCAGCCUUUUAGGACCCAGUGGUCAGGGGCGUUAGCUCCUUGCAGGACUGAUGUGGGCAGGGGGAUCCGUGUGUCCAGUGAGAUUGGGAGGGCACCGCAGGCCUGGCGUUGGGCAGGAAGGUGGCUUCAGCGUAGUCAGGAAGAGUGUUGGUACCAGGGGCUGGUCACCAUGGGAUCCCAUAGCGCAGAAGGUGGUAGGGAGGCCCUGAGGACUGGGGGUAUCCAGGCAGGUGCCCAGGGCAGCCAGGAGAGCCUCACCAAACAGAGGGGCUGGGUUACGCCCCUUGAAGGCCCUUCCAAUGCAGGCAUCCUGGCUCAUGGAAUCAGCCUGGCAUCCAGGACAGGUGCUGGUGGUGUGAUCCCAUCGGCAGGGCUCUGGGCAGUGGGUUAGGGCAGCCCAGCCUCAGAUCCACAGAAGUGAUACAUAUUCAGGUAGUCCGCUAGUGGUCCUACUCCCUCUUUCCCCAGGAGGGGCCCUCUGAAUGUGGACAAUGGUCUGGGGCCAAGUCAGGCUUCUGGCCUGGGCUGGUCUGAUUGGGAGAGGCUGUGGCGCCUCUCAAUGCAGAUUCCUCUGGAGGGGCCGAAGUCCGGGUAGGAAGGGCAACAGGUGAUGGUGAAGAGGCUAGAGGGCAGAGAGCUCACUGGUAGCAGGAGGCAGGGUCCCUGAGGCUUUCUGGGCCUGGCCAGACCCCGCUGGACAGUGGCCUGCUGCCUCUACUGCUAGGCCCGCGAGGCUCCUAGGGGACAGGCAGUCUUGGGCCUGUCACUUCCCUUCUGUUGAAUAAAAACUAGAUCCUGGACACACAGCUUCUGCAGUUGGGGUGUCCCUGGUGAGUGCUGUUUUAGACUCUAGCCCAGGAACACUCUGGGGCCAGGGACAGGACCAGGAGACUUGGUCUGGUCCUCCUCUGCCAGAGACAGGCUUCGUCAGCAGCUGGCUGGCAAGUACCCUGCGCAUAGCAGGGGCUUGGGAUUCCUUCGUGGUCCCUCAGUCGGAACGCCUGCUAGGCCUGGGAGAAGCCCGUUGGGUCUGCCGCAGGCUGCAAGAACCCCUCCACUUUUCAGGGACUUCGCCUCCUCUUUUCUGUCCUGUUUCCUGGUGUUAGGUGCUCUGUUCGAGCCUCCGGUGGGCACAGGGAAAAGCCCCUGGGUGUAGUUCCAGCCGCCUGAGGCACGCUGGAGUUAGGAGAUUUGGUGUUCCUCUCUGUUGCAGCCCUCUGUCACCUCCUGGAUGGGGUGGGAGGAGCCCAGCCCUUGGAACAUGGCAAGGGACCAUGAGUCACCUUCUCCCAAGGUUACCGGUCCUGCUCUAUCCCUUGGGGCCUAGAGGAGUGAGGGAGGACACACUUUCCUGAACCCAUGUGUGCGCAGCUGAAAGGCAGCUUUGGGCCUCUUGUCCCCAUGCGGGCAGCAGCUGUGCCCAUGAGCACCUGGGGCCCCAUGAAGGCCCAGGACUCGAGGAGGGGAUUUGGCACGAGGGGACACCACGAGGCAGCACCUGUGAGUGUGACAGGCAGGUCAGCAGCAGUGGGGAGAGGCUCCCACCCUGGUAGGGGGAGAUGGAGACCAUUUCACAAGCUCAAGGGAACCCUGAGGGUUUGGGCUGGGGGAGACCGAGACCUCAACUUCUGCUUGUGCUUCCUUACACUUCUGUGACGUCUUGACUCUGGGGGAGCCCUUUCAGAUCUAUUUAUGUCCUUCUCAUGGAAUCAUGAGUGAGAGCUGCAGUGGUCCCCAGAGUCUGUCUGGGGUCCGGUCUCCUCCUCGUAUCAAUGAGGAAACUGAGGCCUAGAAAAGAAAAAACCAUCCUUGCUUGCGGUUCCCCAGCAAGUCCUGGCUGAGCACCUGGCUUUCUGCCCAGCGCCGUACUAAACUCAGUCUAUCCCCGUGUCAGCCAGGCAGAGGAGCAGGUUGGGGAGCGGGCGUGGGAGGAGGGAGGUGAAGGGGGAGGUGAGGCCGCGCCCCCGCCCAGACACGCAGUCAGGUGGCAGGGGCUGCCGAGGAGCGGGCUCCCUCUGUGCCCGCUCCUCCACACUGAGCAGCCUCACCAGCAAGGGCAUGGGGGCUCACUUGCUGGCAGCGGGAGACAGGACCAGAUGGGCCACCCAGGUCCUUCCACAUCAGAGCUCUAGGUGUCUCUGGGCCUCUCCUUAACGUAGGUGCCUCGGGGACUACGAAGCCGAGCUGAGCCAAGAUGCUGCCAGAGCCCCUGAAAAGGGCCCAGUUUCUGGAGACGCAGAGUUGGCUGUGAAAAAGCCCUUGGGGAGCCCCCCUCAUAGGCAGGGACGCUCUUGGCUCCUGUGAAGAAGGGGCUCGGGGGCCUGGGCAGGGCCAGCUGCACUGCAGCUAUGGACCGUGAGCUGGCCUGGCCUGCGCCCUUGCUGACCCCGCCUGUCUGCAGCCGUACCCGCCAUGGGCUCCUGGGCGUACAUCGUGGUGGAGCUGGCCAUCGCCGUGCUGGCCAUCCUGGGCAAUGUGCUGGUGUGCUGGGCCGUGUGGCUGAACAGCAACCUGCAGAACGUCACCAACUACUUUGUGGUGUCCCUGGCGGCAGCUGACAUUGCCGUGGGAGUUCUCGCUAUCCCCUUCGCCAUCACCAUCAGCACAGGGUUCUGUGCCACCUGCCACAACUGCCUCUUCUUCGCCUGCUUUCUCCUCGUCCUCACGCAGAGCUCCAUCUUCAGCCUCCUGGCCAUCGCCAUUGACCGCUACAUCGCCAUCCGCAUCCCACUCCGGUACAAUGGCUUGGUGACUGGCACAAGGGCCAAGGGCAUCAUUGCAGUCUGCUGGGUGCUGUCGUUCGCCAUUGGCUUGACUCCCAUGCUGGGCUGGAACAACUGCGGUCAGCCAAAGGAGGGCCGAAACCAGUCAAAGGACUGCGGGGAGGGCCAGGUGGCCUGUCUUUUUGAGGAUGUGGUCCCCAUGAACUACAUGGUGUUCUACAACUUCUUUGCCUGUGUCGUGGUGCCCCUGCUGCUCAUGCUGGGUGUCUACGUGCGGAUCUUCCUGGCGGCCCGGCGACAGCUGAAGCAGAUGGAGAGCCAGCCUCUGCCGGGGGAGCGGGCUCGGUCCACACUGCAGAAGGAGGUCCACGCUGCCAAGUCGCUGGCCAUCAUCGUGGGGCUCUUCGCCCUCUGCUGGCUGCCCCUGCACAUCAUCAACUGCUUUACCUUCUUCUGCUCCGAGUGUAACCACGCCCCCCCCUGGCUCAUGUACCUGACCAUCAUCCUCUCCCACACCAAUUCCGUCGUGAACCCCUUCAUCUACGCCUACCGCAUCCGUGAGUUCCGCCAGACCUUCCGCAAGAUCAUUCGCAGCCACAUCCUGAGGCGGCGGGAGCCCUUCAAGGCAGGUGGCACCAGUGCCCGGGCCUUGGCAGCUCAGGGCAGUGACGGGGAGCAGAUCAGCCUCCGCCUCAAUGGCCAUCCUCCUGGGGUGUGGGCCAAUGGCAGUGCCCCCCAUCCUGAGCGGCGGCCCAAUGGUUAUACCCUGGGGCUGGUGAGUGGAGGGAGUGCCCACGAGUCCGCUGGGGACAUGGGCCUCCCAGAUGUGGAGCUCCUCAGCCAUGAGCUCGAGGGAGCAUGCCCAGAGUCCCCUGGCCUUGAGGGUCCCCUGGCCCAGGACGGAGCGGGCGUAUCCUGAUGAUCCACUGAGUUUGCCCCUUCCCACAGGAAGGAAAUCUCUCUCUUUGGUGGAUGGAACCAGUCACGUUGGGAAAAGAGUGAAUGUGCCUGGAGACCCUUUUCAUGGCCAGUUCCCACUUUGGACUGAGAGAGGGAGCCCUGGCUGGAGCAGCAUGAGGCCCAGUAGGAAGGGUUUGGAGUCUGAGGAAAUGGACAUUUCAUGUUGGGAGGCCCUGCAUCAGGUCAGGGCCACAGCACCAGAGCAUCUUGGCCAGGCAGGGCCUGGUAGCCCACUCUGGAAGCAUCUAGUAGUACCACCCUGACUUGGCAGAACAGCUGUGGCAGCGCAGGCUGGCCGGCCCCGAGGCUGGGUGGGCGGGGAGGGUGGCUCCAACAGGCCCCCUCCCACACACAGACCACCCUCUCCAGACCUUUCAAGGGUUCAGGAGCUGCUGUGCCCAGAGGUGGCGUUUUUCUUUCUUUCUUUUUUUUUCCAGGAGAAAAUGUUAAGCGUGAAGAAUACCCUUUUUUUUUUUUUUUAAUCUUCCUUCCCUGGUUGCUGGGUCUGUUGUCAGUCCUGCUGCUAACCUGGCUCCGGGAGGCAGCCCAGGGAGUCCUGGGCAGCCCUCUCUGGUGACCAUGAGCCGCCAUGCACUUCUUACACUAUCAGUCCCAGGGCCAUCUUUUGGGGCCACAAAGCUGGGCUCAAGGACGGGGAGUUGGAAUGGAAUGCUGCCAGACUGUGGGCUCCGGGGAGGAGGUCAGGACUGGCCCACCGUGCGGUGUGCCUGGGUAGCUCAGAGCUACCCAGUCAGAGGCCCUAUCUAACUGCCUUUCCUUCUGAAGGGAAUGUUUUUUUCUGAGAUAAAAUAAAAAUGAGCCAUGUUGUGUUUUAA